AUGCGCACUCUCAAGUUAAUGGACCUGUGGCUUGACCUCAAAAUGUUGUCUGGCUUCAAUUCCCUCGCAUGGGUCAAUCUCACGAAUCUCGAGAUCCUGGUGGACGCGCUAGAUUGCUUCCCCUGCCUGCUCCGCCUGUGUCCUAACCUCUCGUCACUGACGAUAGUUGGAAUUUUCAGGUCGACAGUCGAGACGCCAGCAAAAUCGUUGCACUCCAAACUUCGAUCCCUGCGCAUAUCCGGGAAUCUGGAUGUGGACUGGAUCGGAAGUCUCGGGCUAUUCGCUAUCAUCACGCUGCCCAAUCUACGCGCGGUCGAGGUUCGCAAUGUAGGUGAAUGGCCUCAUGAUGCGUUCAAGGGGUUUUUGACACGGUCACGGUGUCCCCUGGGGAAUCAAAGGGGAAUGGCCAUGAUGUGCACCCGCAGGGCCUCUCUGAUCACGUAUUAG